AUGUCGACCAAUGUGGACGGUGUCUCCGCCUCCACCUUCACCACCACGGCGACCAAGUGCCAUACCCACAUCCUCAAAAUCCAAGGGUACUCGCACACCAAAUUGCUCAUCGAUGGCGCGUCGUUGGAAUCCAAAACGUUCGAGGCGGGCGGUUGCACCUGGUGCAUCGUGUUGUACCCCAACGGGACAUCCGCGGCCGACGACGACCGCAUCUGCCUCGCCCUCGUCCGCGCCGACAGCUUCGACCGCCCCGUCAGUGCCCAAGUCCUGUUCACUCUUGUCCCUCACCCUGCGACGACGCACUGCAGCAGCAGCUUCCGGUGGACCUUUCGUCGUAGGGGUGACAAUCGUAGUGCGCCGCCCAGUCCAUUGAUCACGAGGGCGGAGCUCGAAGGAUCGGAGUACCUCGUGGACGACUGUUUCGCCGUCCGGUGUGAUGUCACCGUCGUCAGCGUGUGGGCGAUGAGAGAUGAGGUCGUGCAGUCGUGUGACCUUGAGAGGGCAGGAAUAGCCUGCAGCUGCAAGGACCAACUCUGCAAUCGGCGCCACGCAUCAAGCUGGGUAUCGUCCAAGUCCGAGACCACUCCGCCGAAUCGCCGCCGUCGAGGGUUUAAAGCGGCGUGGUUUUGGCUGCUCAGGCGCGCACUGCCAUGA